CCCUGUAUAUGUGUGUGAGUGCGUGCGUGAAAGAGACUUUUAAGCAUGCAGCUUUGAAGUAAUCGUGCAAUCAGAAAUGUAAACUGGAUUGUUAGAAACUAAACCUCAUGGAAUUUACAUGAAUAAUGGACCAAGUGGUAUACCGAGGAGAAAAGAUAAAGACCACAUUGUCUAUACCACAAGAUUUUUGAGGUGAGGAACAUCUAGAUAAGAUAUACAAGUAGCUAUAAUGGAUAUAAAUUAUGAAACCGCGAGUGCUGUAUAUGAAAUAAUUAUACCUGUAUAUAGGCAAGCCUGUGAUUACACAUGAGGCUGUGUGUGUGUGUGUUGUAACUCUGAACAUAUAGACAAGCACAAGUAUCAACUUGUGGACAUGAUAACCUCCACCUCCCAAGAGCAUCCACUGAGCUACUCAGGAAAAGUAUACCUGUUUUCAAAGAGCUUUAAAGUAUACAACACGCUUCCAUACGAGCUCAUGCAAGAGAAUCAUAACAGUGCAGCAUUUUAAAAGAAUAGUGUACACAAACUAUUAACUCCAACUAUAUAAAACUCCCUAUAAUAUUAUGUAUUUUUGUAUGUUUUUUGCAUUGUUUACUUGCGUUUACAGAACCUGCAUGAAACCCACACUACUGUGGAUGCAGCAUUUCCAACCCAUGCAUUCAAAUAAAAAGUUAUCUAUCUACGCAUGCGCAUAUAGCCACACUCACACCCACACCAGCCACAUGGACUAUCUCUGUAUACAUGAACUGAUUGACGUAAUUGAUCUAUAGCUAUACAUACAAGUAGAAUCAAGAGAUUAAUCUACCACUGGGCUUCUGAUCACCACACAACAAAUUGUGCCAAAGCAAGAAAUGCUACCCACUAAAAUUAUAACAGCAGCUGGCAGAGCUGUGAUUGCCAACAGUUCUAGAAUUAUAAAGAGUAUGAGGCCAUCAGGUUCUAGAAUUAUAAAGAGUAUGAGGCCAUCAGGUCCAGUGAUACGACCAUCGGUACCAAGGCCUACAGUGCUACCAAUACCCUACCCUAGCAGAAUUGGGCCUAUCAUUGUAGAGGUCCCAGAAAACCUCUUAGGAGCCGGUAAGUCAGUAUCACUAUGGCCGUGUCUGUGUUCAUCUACAUGCAAAUCUAUACAUACAGUUCUACUAGCAGUUGGCCUUGCUAUUUUCACAGGAAUCAUUGUGUACAAAUCUCGCAACAGAGAUGACAAUAUCUAGGACAAUGUAGUGUUAUUAUCAUGUUAAACUGCUGCUUGCACUGACAAAGUAAACCAAAUACAUGUAUGGUUUCCUACCAAGAGAUUCACUUUGUGGUCAAGUAGCCAAAUCUUAUUGUGCACUUGAAUGCUCUAGU